AAAUAACAUUAAUUAAAAAAAAUAGCGUACCUAACGAAUCGAUGAAGUCUGUAUUUUUGGUGAUUGACUGUUUGAACUGACCAAUGAAAUCCAGGCGGGGCGGGGCUUGCGCUUCACCCGUUUGGAAACCACACACGCUAGUUAGUAGGGCACAGUGAUGCUCACUUCGUAGUGGAGUUUAUCUCUUAUUGUCUAUCAGUGACAGUGUAUUUUUUUAUCAGAGUCCUCCUGUGGACACACAUGCACACUGCAACUCAGGUGAUGGCGGAUUGGAUGUGUGUACAAUAAACUUCAGCAGAAAUGAGUGACCAUCUGCUCAACCCACUGACCGUCAUAUGUGCAGGAUCCUGCUUCGCCUUCUCUGGCCUGUUUUAUAAACUAUAUUCAGAUAAAAGACAAGAAGUUCAGAAGCUGAAGGAGAUUCCAAACUUUCAAGCAGACCACCACCUGCUCAGGAUUCUGAAUGCGUCGUCCAACAAGAGACUUCAUUAUGUUGCUGUAGAAGGAUUGGUGCAGGCCAUCGGAGAGCCUAUUUCCAGCCAGUACGUUCCACGCUGUAAUGGUGUCAUCCAAAAGAUUACUGUGCACGAGCACUGGAAAUACUGGAACUCUGUUCUAAAAACAUGGGUCUCCAAAAAAGUGAACAAGCAGCAGACCACCAACACUGUCCCCUUCAGCUUGGUCCAGCCUGGCUCAUACAUCAGCGAGGUCUCCGUGCGCGUGGACUCUCCACUGGAGGCGCGCGGCAAUUACCUGGAGCAGGUGCACAGGCGGCUCAGGCAAGCCAAAGAGGGGCUGAUGGACGCUGUCUUGGGAGAGCUGAGUGGGGAGAAGCCUGUGGCCCUAGAGGAGCGAGAGGAGCUGCUGCGUGUGGGAUCGGCCCUCACCGCUUUCGGGGAGCUCGCUCUGGAGCAGGAUAAGAUCAUGAGGCUACAGCCGCCCAAAGACGGCCGCAGCUACAUCAUGAUCCCCAGUGAUUACAAGAGCUUCAUACAGCGGCACGAGAACAGCGCUAACAUGUGGAAAGGCUUGACGGCACUGUUCGGAAUAACGGGGUUUGCACUCGUAGCUGGUUUUGUCCAUGGUGCCGUUAAUAAGGAUAAAAACAACUAGCUGACUGAGUCAUGAUAGUUUUUGGUUAAGGUAAUUAAUUCAUGACCCGAGCUGGGUAGUAACUGGUUACAUGUAAUCUGGAUUACGUAAUCCGAUUCCAAAAAUUAAGUAAGUUACAUUUUAAAAUACUCGUAAUCAGACUACAGUUACUUUUUUAUGGAUUACAUGAUUACAUAUUCACACAAUAAAUUAUUCAUCAUUGAUUGAUUCUCCCUAAUUUCUCUUUUUCAUCUUUUAAAUUUUCCUUUCUAAAAUAGCCUACCGGUUAUGUACAUAUUAUAUAUGUAUAUAUAGCCCAGUUUUGUGGACAUUCACACAAAGAUCAGUCAUAAGUCAGGUGGCGACUGCAUUUGAACACUGGAUUUACAAAAAUCAUUUCAGGUUUAAGAAGGGUUUCAACAUUGCAUCAACUACUGAUGAACCCAUUAAUUUUUAUUUGAAUUAUUACUCUGUAGGUUUUUUUAAUUAUUAAUUAUAACUAACUAAAAUGCACACAUUCACGUUAUUUCUUAGUUACAUGUAAUACAGGCAUUACAAAACUUUUUGUCACCUAAACCUUAUUCACCAAAUAUAUUUGCUUUAAGUACCCCUGAGAUUUUCAAAUAAAUAUUUCUAUAAUUAUCACAUUUGCAUGCUCACGGUUUCUUUGAUGUUGAUUUAAUGAUCACAUGGCAUGCAGGUAAAUAAAAAUAUUUCUUCUUUUUUAGUAAGUGUUUUAUUUAAAACAAAGACGGUUCACUCCUAUACUUAUGAAUGGGAGACACUGCAACGCACAAUAUUGAGGAAUAGUUCCACCUUUCUCUAAAAGAAAGAGCCAAAUUUCCCAUAGAAACCUGACUAGACCAGCCCAUACACAUGCGCAGUAUAAGCACGUUAUGACCCCGCAUGUGCAUUGGCUGGUUUAGCCUGAAAAAUAAGCUUAAGAAACAACAUUCAUGGGGCAAUUAAUUUCAGAUUUUUGUUGCUGAUUUGACAUUAUGUAAUUUAAUUGUGAGUUCAGCGAGCAGUUUUUGAGAUUUCAGGAUUCCCCCAUUCAUUAAGAUAGGUCUUGUACGAGCUGCCCGGAGGCGUUGCAGAUAUGGCCGCCGAGUGAAAAGACUUUCCUCGAAAGGGAGUUUGUUUUAAAAUGAUUUUAAUUUUUUAUGAUUUAAUUAAUUGUCAGCUUUUCAUUAAACUCACAACCCCCCUGCAGUUCCUUUUCAAACCCUACUUUGGGAAACCUUGAUGUAAUAUGUUUAAUGCGCUUCAUGUUAAUUACAAUGAAUGGAACAAGUUUUCUUACUCUUUGCAUUUUUUUACAUCAUUACGGUACAAGAUAAUCCUAUUUAAAUCAAUGUUAUAAACGAGAUAAAUCAAAAGUAAUUUGUUUAUAUUAAGUAAAAUGUGUAAUGUAACGGAUUACGUUACUGACUACAAUUUUUGUCAUGUAAUCUGGAAUCAGUAACGAAUUACAAUUUGUAAGUAAUCUACCCAGCUCUGCUUAUGACACAUUCAAAAUCAUGUGCAUUAAAACAGCUAUAUAGAGUUUUGCCAAUGAAAAUAUUUUUCAAGCCUUGUACAUUUUAAGGUCUUUUUAUCUGCGCUUCCUUUUUUUCAUGAAUCCAAAAUAAUAUCAGCUCCCUUCUACCAAUAUUAAAAGUCAUUCAUAACUCAUGGGUGUGCAUGUCGACUUCAA